UCGGUACGUAGGUGAUUUUGGUAUCAACUGUGGAAGAUACAAUCUGUGGGUGUUGCGUGAUUUGGUAUUGUAGACAACCUACCUUGUUAUUGACUGAGGUUUUUUGUGUUGCUCUGUGAAGUGUAACGUAUGUUUUACGCUGAGGAAAUAAUGUGAUAUUAAUAUAGUGUCACCGAUGUGAGAGACUUUGAACUAUAACUAUUGUUUGGUCGUAUGAAUAUGAGAAUGUUCAUAGAGGUUUUUGUUUUGUGUUUGUUGGCACAAUCCCAAUUUUGUAUUUCAAUUGCUGUACAGCCAGCACCGACUGAAAGAGGCAUCGUGCCUCACAGUUCGAAUAUACUUGCUCUCAUAAAUGAUGCCAGGAAAUGUGGGGCCUAUGCCGGUACAUCAGAUUUAAACGACUUAACAGCAUGUGAUAGGCCUGUUCAGGUUGCAUCUGACCCAAAGGAGUACAUCGAUUAUAGCCUGGUUUUGUGUAUGGUUUUGUAUGAUGCCGUCCAACGUGUCUGUAAAACAAAACAAAACUUUACCAAUUUAAAACAAAAUGUUAGUGAUAAUUUCUGUGAUAUUAUGACGAAAACAUUUCCAGAACGUUCCUCUGAGAAAUCGGACUGGGUCUCACUUCUUAGGGGCAAAUUUGAAAAUAGUGAUACUUGUAAACAAGAAUGUAUACAGGGAAAGUUGAUCAACCCAAUAUGUGAUUCUAUAUUGGCGGCAAACAUAUUCACAAUGGAAAAGCAAAAGCCCCCUACCAUUAGAGCAGGUAAUCCUGGUUCCCUCAUGAAUUUACUGGACCCUGGAAUAGGCAAGGAUAUAAAUACUAAGAAACACAAAUUCUUAAAGGUAACUUCUGUAUCUCCUGAGGUAAAUGAUAGAAGUCCAAAGAUAGAUGUUGAAGGUGUUCAUAACAUUUCUGAAGCACAUGCUACACAAGAUAAUGUUGUAAACAUGUUGCAUACCACAUAUAACCAAACAAGUGAAGUAACGCAGCAAUCUGAUAUACACGGUCAUGUUACAGAACAGCCACAUAUCUCAAAUAAUAAUAAAUAUGAUUAUACAUCUUCAGAAGGUGAUAUACAAGAUACUGUUAUAAAACAAGCAGAUAAGAAAAAAACAUCACAUGAUGCACCACACCAGGGUUCUGGAAGUGGAAUGCCAUAUGGUGCAAACCAGGUUUAUGUCAAAAAUACUAAAGCCCCCCCUGGUGCAACAGGCCAAGCUUCAGGAGGUGCUGUGGCAAACUUUAUAAAACAGGCAAAUCCCACAAAUAUGAACAUCCCAUCUGAUGAUGCAAAACACCAAUAUUCAGGAAAUGGAGUGCCAGAUGGUACAAAACAGGAAAAUACCACAAAUAGAAACAACUCCUCUGCUAAGGGUGCAACUAACCAAGCUUCUGGAGGUGGUGUGCCAAAAGUUGGAAAACAGACACUCACCACAGAUAGGAGCAACUCAUCUGAUGAUAAAGUACCCCAAAGUCCAGGAGGUGAUGCAAAAGAAGUUACAAAAGAAGCACAUCUCACAAAUGAGAUAACCCUGUCUGAUGAUGCAAAACACAAUAAAGAGAAAAAUAAAAAACCAGGAGCUGGAAAACAUGAAGACAGCUCAGGAAUAGCAUUCUCAGCUGAUUCAAAAAGCAAUAGAUCUGAACAGAACUCAGCUGAUGAUGAUACUGUGUACUUAGAAAAACAAAACGAUGAUGGUAAUGAAGAUUCUGUUGUGCCCACUAAAAUGAACACUCUAGGUUCAGAUAUGAUUGAUCAUGAUGAUGUUGAUCAAGAUGACAGUAUAAAUGCAGAUAUUCCAGGUACUUCUUCUGGCAAAGAAAAUGUUGGUAUUUCUUUUGACAAAGAAGAUAUUGUUGUAACAAAUGAAAAAAUCCUGAUAAACACUGAGAAUCGCCAAGAAGCAACAGGGAAUCAUAAUACUGCACAGUUUAACCAGUUAGGGGAUACACAAGACUCUCAUUUUUAUGCCUAUUUUAUGACAAUGGUGGUAAUAUGCAUCAUUGGGUAUUUGUUAUUCCACAAUAAGCAAAAGAUUCUUGCUCUGGCUUUGGAAGGCAGGUCACGAAGGGGCACUAGAAGACGUCCAAAUACUUCAGGGUACAGGAAAUUGGACAGUAACCUAGAAGAAGCGGUUACCUCAAAAUGCAGUACUUCAGUUACACAUGUUAUUUACUGAAUGGAACAUUCUUGUUAUUCUUUUAACAUGGGUAAUGUAGUUCUGCCAAAGUCUUUUUUGUUUGUGUUAGCACUUAAAGUGCAUUUAUUUCAGUUUCAUCUUAUUUUGUAAUACAGGGUGAUUCAAAAAGGACUUUACAACUUUGAAAGUGUAUAGAAAUUUAUUCAGAAGGCUUACAGAAUCGGUUGAGGUGUCAUUUUGUAGCAAAACAAAUCAAGUUUUACCUCAAACAGUCAUUUUGGUUCGAUGUGAUUGCCAUUGGUGAUACUGCAGACAUCCCACCUGAAAUCAACUUCUUGCCAAACAUGAUCCAGCAUAUCUGGUGUCACUUCUGCAAUUGUGGCGGUGAUUCGAGCUUUGAGCUCAGUGAGAUUGGCAGGUAAGGGUGGAACAUACACAUGAUCUUUAAUGAAA